AUGACAACAGACUUUCAAAAUGAUAUAUGUAGUGAUUCAUUUAAUCCAAUCGAUAAUCGACUUGAAUAUGAAUGUCAAGCAACAAUAAAAGGUAAAAAUGGUUUAUUUCCUGCUCGAUUUUGUGUGAAAAUAUCUGGUAUUAUUGUUGAUGUUGAUCAAAAUUUAAAUCAAUCAUUAAUUCAUAAAUAUCUUUAUUUACGAACAUGUAUUACGGAAAAUAUUAUGGAUUCAACGCGAUCAUUAGAUUCGACAGGAAAUUUUCGUUUAAAAAAUUUUGCUGGUAUUAAAGGUGAAAUUAAAAUGCAAGGAACAAUAACAUUAUGUACUGUUGACGGUUGUAAUCAAGCUAAUUAUCAAACAAUAGAUGUAUUUAUAAUUGUAUAUUCAUUUUUGUUUUUAAUUAUACAAAAAAUAAACCACUAG